CGUUUCCUUCCCGUCCUCAGGUGCCUCCCAGCCCUGCAUCCAAAGGAUGGGGACCCAAGAGGACCACACAGCUCGAGCCCAGGAGUCUGAAGGCCCCACCCUCUCCAGGGCACCCCCGGAGGACCCCAAGUUAGACAUGCUCUACAAGAUCGAGGAUGUGCCUCCCUGGUACCUCUGCAUUCUCCUAGGAUUCCAGCACUACCUGACCUGUUUCAGUGGCACCAUUGCUGUCCCCUUUCUCCUUGCGGAGGCUCUAUGUGUGGGCAAGGAUCAGUACAUGGUCAGCCAGCUCAUUGGCACCAUCUUCACCUGUGUGGGCAUCACCACCCUCAUCCAGACCACUCUGGGCAUCCGGCUCCCCCUGUUUCAAGCAAGUGCCUUUGCCUUCUUGGUCCCAGCCAAAGCUAUCCUGUCUCUGGACAAAUGGAGAUGUCCUCCAGAAGAGGAGAUCUAUGGGAACUGGAGUUUACCCCUGAACACUUCACAUAUUUGGCACCCACGAAUAAGGGAGAUCCAGGGGGCAAUCAUGGUGUCCAGCACAGUAGAGGUGAUUAUUGGGCUUAUGGGGCUGCCAGGAGCCCUGCUCAGUUACAUCGGGCCCCUCACAGUCACCCCAACUGUCUCUCUCAUUGGCCUCUCCGUCUUCCAAGCUGCUGGUGAUCGAGCUGGAUCUCACUGGGGCAUCUCAACCUUCUCCAUUCUGCUGAUCGUCCUCUUCUCCCAAUAUCUCCGAAAUGUCACCUUCCGACUGCCUGGCUACAAAUGGGGCAAAGGCUUCACUCUCUUCCGGAUUCAGAUCUUCAAAAUGUUUCCUAUUGUCCUGGCCAUCAUGACUGUUUGGCUCCUCUGCUAUAUCCUGACACUGACUGACCUGCUCCCUGCUGACCCCAAUUCCUAUGGCUUCAGGGCUCGGACUGAUGCCCGAGGGGAGAUCAUGUCCAUUUCACCCUGGUUCCGCUUCCCCUACCCCUGUCAAUGGGGCCUCCCCAGUGUGACUGCAGCUGCUGUUUUGGGUAUGUUCAGUGCCACGUUGGCGGGCAUCAUCGAGUCCAUUGGAGAUUAUUAUGCCUGUGCCCGUCUGGCCGGGGCCCCUCCACCCCCCGUUCAUGCCAUCAACAGGGGAAUCUUUACUGAGGGCAUCUGCUGCAUCAUUGCUGGGCUGCUCGGGACUGGUAAUGGCUCUACUUCCUCAAGCCCCAACAUCGGUGUCCUGGGCAUCACCAAGGUGGGGAGCCGAAGGGUGGUCCAGUAUGGGGCCGGGAUCAUGUUGAUUCUGGGAACCAUUGGCAAGUUCACGGCUCUCUUUGCUUCCCUCCCUGAUCCUAUCCUGGGUGGCAUGUUCUGCACUCUCUUUGGGAUGAUCACAGCAGUGGGCCUGUCCAACCUGCAGUUUAUUGAUAUGAACUCUUCCCGAAACCUCUUUGUCCUGGGAUUCUCCAUGUUCUUUGGCCUGACGCUGCCUAACUACCUGGAUUCCAACCCCACUGCCAUCAACACAGGUGUUCCUGAAGUGGAUCAGAUUUUGACCGUGCUGCUAACAACGGAGAUGUUUGUGGGUGGCUGCCUGGCCUUCAUCUUAGACAAUACUGUCCCAGGGAGCCCAGAGGAGAGGGGACUGGUGCAGUGGAAAGCUGGGGCCCACGCCAACAGUGAGACAUCUGCAAGUCUGAGGAGCUAUGAUUUUCCAAUCGGCAUGAAAACAAUCCAAAAGAUGGCCUUCUUGAAGUACAUCCCUGUCUGUCCUGUCUUCAAGGGCUUUUCUUCAAAGCCCCAAGAACAGCCCCCUGCUCCAGAAGACAUUCCAGAAAACACAGACAACCUGUCUCUGAGUACCAAAGUCUGAAAAAAGUGCCUUCUGGGAAAGAGGUGGUCUGAUUUGUCACAACUUGACUGGUGCUUCUUUCCUCACUGUCCUUCACAUCAAGCCAAGGUCCAAUUAUUUUCAGUAAAC